UCCACUCUUUAGUCUAUGGUCCACUCGUUCACACGUCAGUCUUCUAUCUACUAAAGUUCCUUUCUUUCUUUCAAUAAUCAAGGAAAAAAUGGCUGAUAAUAAAUUGUACGAAAUAUUAGGUGUUUCCAGAAAUGCAAGCGAAUCAGAAAUUAAAAGAAGUUAUCAUAAAUUGGCUAAAGAAUUUCAUCCUGAUAAAAAUCCCGCUGCGGGUGACAAAUUCAAGGAGAUAAGUUAUGCAUAUGAAGUGCUAUCCGAUCCUAAAAAAAGAACAAUUUAUGAUAAGUAUGGGCUGAAAGGGUUACAAGAAGGUGAUGGUCAAGGCGGAGGUUUCCCGCCUGACGAUCUGUUGGGGCAUUUCUUCGGGGAUAUUUUUGGUAUGGGUGGUGGCAGUCGAAGCAGAGGCCCUGCGCGUGGAGAAGACACCAUUCAUCCCCUUAAGGUGUCUCUCGAAGACAUGUAUGUUGGAAAAACUGCGAAAUUGCAGUUAAGUAAAAAUGUAAUUUGUGGUCCUUGCAAAGGUAUUGGUGGAAAGCCUGGAUCUGUGGUGUCUUGUAAGGAUUGUCAUGGUCAAGGUAUAAAAGUGUCUUAUCAACAAAUAGCCGCCCACAUGACUCGUCAGUUCCAGACUCGUUGUCCUACAUGCCAUGGACAAGGUGAAAUAAUUAAUGAGAAGGAUAGGUGUCCUAAAUGCAAAGGAAAGAAAGUCUUAAACGAGACUAAGAUACUAGAAGUUCAUAUAGAGAAAGGAAUGAGGGAAAAUCAAAAGAUAUACUUUCGUGGGGAAGGAGAUCAACAGCCUGACACCCAACCAGGAGAUGUCAUCAUUGUUCUUCAACAAAAGCCACAUGAAGUGUUCCAAAGAACUGGUCAGGAUGAUCUUGUUAUGAAACAUGAAAUUACCCUGACUGAAGCUCUGUGUGGCUUUGAAUUUGUUGUAAAACAUCUUGACGGUAGAGAUUUACUUGUCAAGCAUGCUCCUGGAGAAGUUAUCAAGCCAGGAGACUUAAAAGGAAUUCAAGGUGAAGGUAUGCCCCAGUAUAAGAAUCCAUUUGAAAAGGGGAAUUUGUACAUUAAGUUUGAUGUUGUCUUCCCCGAAAAUAACUUUGCACCUGAGGAAAAGCUGAAGGAAAUUGAAAGUAUAUUGCCUCCUCGGCCUGCCUUUGUUAUGCCAACUGGGGAAGAUGUAGAAGAAGUAAAUCUUAUGGAUUACACUGCUAGUGAACGUGGCAGAGGCAGGGAAGAGGCAUAUGCCAGUGAUGAUGACGAGCAUAUGCAUGCUGGGCCUGGAGUGCAGUGUGCUCAUCAGUAGUUUAAUAUAUCCAUUAUGGGUUCUACUCAAACCUCACACUAUGUAAUUUUUAUGAUAGGUAGAUUAAUAUACUUUGUUUUUGACAAUGCAGAGGUUGCAUAUUUGAAAUUACCCAGCAUACAAGUUGACCUAUAUACACUAUACACAUUAAGAGGUGUCAAUCAAGGUGAGGUAUGAAGGUGGUUGCUGGGGCAACCAUAGAUAGCACCUGUGUAGUCACCCACUAUUUUGGUUCAACUUCUACUCCAGAUGUUGUUAUUGUCAUUAAUGGUCACAUGUGAAAUCAAAUAAGUAGUCUCAUUAUAUUGCUAUUUAUACAUAAUGCCUUGUAUAAAUAGAUGUAAUAUUUUUAUCUCUUGAGCAUGAUAUAAUUAAAAUGUUAGUGAGUUGUUCAAUUCAUUCCAGGGAUAUUUUGUAUAUGGCUGAAGCAAUAAUCAUAUGAUAUUUGAGAGAUUGUUAUUGUAUAUCACUUCUUAUUGUAUCAUGAACAGCUUCAUCAUCCUAUAUUCUAACUUACUUUAUUUAGUGGUUUUGGGUAAUUUGUGUGAUUUGGAGUUUCUUCCAUGUGUCAAUUCAACUUUAUCUUUAGGUUACUAUUGUUCACUUAUGCCAUUUUGGAAGAAAUUCUCAAUUGUGAGGCACAAUAAAAGGAACCAAAUAUUUUUGUGUAAUUUAUUUCUUUUUAUCAUUAACAUAAUACAAUUUUGAACAUAGAGAUAUGCAAUGUACAGACUGGUAAUCAAUAAAAAAAUACAUAUUCAA